AUGUCUUCACGCUAUUCAUCUCCAAACUAUACUGAGGACAAGGCAACCUUUGAAACUGAUAAAAGGGAGCAGAUUGACAAGAACUUACCCAAGAUCAAGCUGGUGACGCUUAGGGAGUGGCUGGCAAUUUGGCUUUGCUUGGACCGUGAGUCAACGCCUGAGCUCCGAGAUGCGUUUGGCUUGUGUAGCCAUUUCUAUGAUCCAGAGUCAAGGAGGCUGCGACGCGCUCAAAUUACCUUCAACGAUUGCCGCCCGCUGAAUAACCAAACUGUCCAUCAACUUGCGGAUGUUGACUCAAUGAUUGGCGUUGUUCCAAGAAACAUGCCUUUGAUUCCUGUACCCACUCUCAAGACUGUCAAGUAUUACAUGAUGAGAAGCAAAUCGUAUACUCUUACCUCUGACCUCCAUAUUGGGCCAGUCAAAGUAUUGAUGGAUGACCGUACUUUACUCUACGACUUGGCGUUUCAUCCAGCAGCUCUUCAAACCCUCCCGGAGGAUUUAGUACGAGAAUGGCCUGGCACCUAUGAGGACAAGAAGUUCAGAAGUCAAAGCCACAAGUCCAAGCAAAAAGAGUAUCAAAACCAGCAAGGCGAGAGUCAAGACAUGCGUGGAGGCGUGGCGCAGCAAACUGGUCAAGACAUUCAUGUCAAGUAUAUUCAGGAUUGGUUGGAUUGCGCCAGAGCCAUGAUCCAGGAGACUGAGAAGCUGCGCUGGGCCAGGUACUUUUUCUUGUCCUACAAGCUCAGAGGAGUGAAGAAUCGGGAGUGCAGCGUUCAUCCCCCUCCAGAGGUCCCCCCCGUGACUGUGCUUAAUGAGCCUACGGGUGAUGAUGAAGAUGUUGAAAUUGAGGUUGAUCAAGAAAGCCCAAGGGUGAAAGCUGUCGAAGGUAUACUCAGCCAUUUCAAUACCACUCUAUUUGAGCCUGGUAUGUGGUUCAUCAACAUUGCCACCCGGAUCACCAUCUCGCCAAAUCCGGACGAUCCAUCGGAGUGUACCUUUGCGGAUGCGGAUAUGCACUCCCUUCUAUUUCAACACUAUACCGGCUUAGCAUUUGAAAGCUGUGAAGAGCUUGUUAGCGGUCAAGGAAAUCAUUACCAGAAGGACAAAGUUGCCCACUUGAACGCCCUUGCUGGCGGUCGCUUGACCAUCCCCCGUAGGCUAGCAGGAGACACCGGUAUCACUUAUGCGCAAAUCUACACCACCAACAAAAGCAAUACCUACAACAUUGCGCUAGCUCAGAACGCACAGCGAACCAGCGCCAUCCAAAUGCUUGAGUCAUGGGAUCAAGAGCUCAGCACGCAUAUCAACGGGUUGAUGUCUAGCUUUGAGAACUCAGCUUGCAACCAUGGUGUAGCCUUACGUAUUGAGACUUGUGUAGAGUAUGAGAGCUAUCCCACCUGUCAUUUGAGAAUACCGGAUGAGCUGCUCCGGAGGUGUGUCUAUGUUUUAGACCGUGAUGUGUUCUGGCACUGGAAACGUUGCCGGCUUGCGUCCAUGAAAAGCGUUAUGUGCCAAUGGAUGGACGCUCGGCGUACGUUUACCCUCAACCGGCUUGCCGUGGCUGGGACAUUGCUCAUCAUCAUGGAAUACAUGAUGAAUGCACUGGUGAACCGUCCAGCCUCUGGGGGGACUUGGGACCAGGUUCAUGAUGCAGCCUGCGUUAAAGAAAUGAGGGGAAACAAAUUGGUUCCCACGCGUAAGCUGGGCGCCCUGUUUCUCCCCAAGAUUCAUUUUGAGAAAAACAAACAGCCGCGUGUUUCUAGGCAGCGAGUUCUUGACCAGGCAAUCAUUCUCUACUUACUUGGGCCUCAAGGUCAAUCGUUGAGCAGUAUCAUGGCUUUCAACAAGAUUGUGGGAGUGAAUCUCCAAAAGCGACCGCGCGAUGAAGACCCUUGCCCUUGGGAAAGCGGCGCGCAGAAUUCAAGCGCGGCUCCAAUAUCAAACAAGCAGAGACUAGUUACGAUCCGGAGUACCCAUGACACAGCAAACCCGCUUGCUGGUCCCGAUUAUGCUCAAGAUCAGGAUACGUACUCAUCAGAAGAAGAAGAUCAGGCAGAGCAAGAGAGCGCUUCACCGUUCAAGAAUAUGCUUUGGGACAUUAUCAGCAAUUAUCCAAUCCAGAUCAUGAACAAGGCUCCUAACCGCUCACAAGCGCGUGAGUCUUGGUGCCGACUUGGCAGCGACGAGCUUGCUGGAGUAACGCAUGACUUCUUCACCAGCAUGGAGAAUCUCACAAGAGCGUUUGAAUCGUACUACUUGUUUCCUGCUGAUCUCAGCAAGUGGGAUGCCACCGUGGCUCAUCUGUUUCCGCUCAUUCAAGGCAGCACCGGGAACCUUGAAAGGCGACAAGGUGUUUCGAAUUUGGGAGUGGUGGUUGAGUUUUGCACCAUGCAGCUAGCCCUUCCUGAGUCAAGUCGAGCGCAGAUGGUUCAAGACGCUAGACGAUAUGUCUCAGCACACUGGGCUUGGUUACCCAUAGGCACAGGCAAGAACCACUUGUGGUCAACCGGGGUCAGCAACGUGCCUAAAUCUGCGCAACAAGUAGGACCAUUGAAAGGAGGGCCUUGGAUGAUUUGCAACCCUAGGUUAAUUCGCGCUGGUGAUCACUAA